GCAGCGGUGGAUGGAUACGCAGGGUGGCAGCUCGGCCGCCUGGUGUUCCUGCUACAAUGGCGAUGUGUGGGACACACGUCCGAAGUUGCAUUACGUUGACAUCUAUUUGUGCUAAACAACUCAGAUACGGGAUAUGCAGUUCAUCGCCGGCUCCUGUCCUUGCGGUCUCAACACUGAGGAUAUACUCCACGUCUCAUGUCAAAUAUGGAGUUCUUCAGAGGGCCAAUGAUAGGUUUGAGCGCUUUUUGGAGCGCCGAUUCCCCUCCAUCUACGUAUAUUAUCGCACAUUCAUGAAGGGUUUUAAGGCACUUGUGGAGGACAUGUCGGAAGCAAGGAAAAUAAAAGUAAAGAUGGACAACGACGGAAUUGCUUACAAAGAACUCCCCUACCGAGAAAUGGAGAGACUCCGCUUGGUGCGUAAGGACAUCAUUAAGGCCAUUCCCCUCUUCAUCAUCUCGCUGCCUCCCUUUGCUAUCUGCUUUGUCUUCCUACUCAUGUACCUUUUCCCGCGGCAGCUGCUGUUCCACCACUUCUGGACUCUUCAGCAGCAGUGGGACUUCAAGAAGCUGUACCAUCGGCACCGGGCGCGGCACCACGACGCCAUCCUGGCCGGGGUAGAGAGGACGGCGCCCCAUCUGAAAUCCUGGAUGCUACGCUACCACCUGCAGUCCCUCUGUAAUAAGAGGUGGAAGAAGUACUGA